UGGAGGAUUUGAAACUACCAGUAACCCAGAUGGAAAUACUUACAAAAACUGUUCCAGCUCUUCAGAGACUGAACUCAGUGAGGAGUAUGAGGAUGAUGAGGAUGAUAAUGAUGUGAACAAUCAGAGACCCAUGACCUGUCAUCCAAAACUAAAGUCUACAACUUGUUUUGGUAAUAAAAUGUGUGCUAGAGUACAGAAAAAUGUAAAGUCACAAGUGAAGAUCCAGACAGAAGUAAAAUCAAUUAAAUGCAACAUUACUGAUAAAAGAUUUACCGACAAAAAUGAUUUAAAACAAUGCAUUAGAGUCCACACAGGAAACAAAUUGUUUCCUUGUGAAGUCUGYGGACAAAGAUUUAGCCGAAAGACACAUUUGAACUCACACAAGAGAGUCCACACAGGAGACAAACCAUUUCCUUGUGAGGUUUGUGGACAAAGAUUAAGCAGGAAAACACACUUAAACUCACACAUGAGAAUACACACAGGCGAGAGACCAUUUGCUUGUGAGGUUUGUGGACAAAGAUUUAGUGAAAAAUCCUCUUUGAACUCGCACAUGAGAAUACACACUGGAGAGAGACCGUUUCCUUGCGAUGUUUGUGGACAAAGAUUUAGCCAAAAGCCACAUUUAAACACACACAUGAGAGUCCACACAGGAGACAAACCAUUUCCUUGUGAUGUUUGUGGACAAAGAUUUAGCCGAAAGUCACAUUUAAACUCACACAUGAAAGUUCACACAGGAGACAAACCAUUUUCUUGUGAUGUUUGUGGACAAAGAUUUAGCCAUAAGUCACAUUUAAACUCACACAUGAGAGUUCACACAGGAGACAAACCAUUUUCUUGUGAUGUUUGUGGACAAAGAUUUAGCCAAAAGUCACAUUUAAACUCACACGUGCGAAUACACACAGAUGACAGAUUGUUUUCUUGUGAUGUUUGUGAACAAAGGUUUAGCCGCAAGUCAAAUUUAAACUCACAUAUGAGAGUCCACACAGGAGACAAACCAUUUCCUUGUGAUAUUUGUGGACAAAGAUUUAGCCAAAAGUCACAUUUAAACUCACAUAUGAGAGUCCACACAGGAGACAAACCAUUUCCUUGUGAUAUUUGUGGACAAAGAUUUAGCCAAAAAUCACAUUUAAACACUCACAUGAGAGUCCACACAGGAGACAAACCAUUUCCUUGUGAUGUUUGUGGACAAAGUUUCAGCCGUAAGUCAAAUUUAAUUUCACAUAUGAGAAUUCACACGGGGGACAAACCAUUUCCUUGUGAUGUUUGUGGACAGAGAUUUAGUCAAAUGUCACAUAUAAAAUACCACAUGAGAGUCCACACAGGAGAGAAAAUGUUUGCUUGUGAUGUUUGUGGACACAAAUUUAGCCUUAAGUCAUCUUUAAACAGACACAUGCAAAUCCACACAGGAUUGAAAAAAAAUUGAAACACCUCCUAGAGACCUGUAUGAGUUCACACAAAAGUGAAUCUUCCUGUUUUAAGGUUUGUUGAACAUUUGUGCUCAGUUAUCAAUUACUGUCUACAUAUUUCUAUUUUACCAGGUUAUACAGUAAUUAAAAUCUAACCUAAAGUUUACAGAAAUCAGAAUCAGAUGAGGCCAUAGUUCUUGACCGAAUAAGUGUGGAAUGCCUCCUCCGGGUUAGGGAGGAGUUUUAAGGGYGUCUUGUUUACGAGUGAUGUUAGGAUGCAGCAGAAGGAUUGGCAGUUUGUGGCCCCAUCCUCAGUAAUGAGGGUGUUGCUUCGGUGGACAACAAAAGGCAGACAUACUAUAUUUACACAUUAUCAUUGCACAUAUUUAUGGGGUAAGACUUAACCGAUAGUGUACACAUCACUUUGAUAUAGUCCAUUUGGUGGGACACUAAAACAAGAUAAAAAAUGACAAUUUCACUUGAAUAUUUAAUACAUGGUAGAUAAAUUUAAUCUCUUUUAUCCAAAAUCAGUUAUAWCUGGACACAACCAGAAAUCUGUUUGUGGUCUUUCAAAGUUCAGUCAGGAUAAUUGAUGAUAAUGAUUUUAUUUAUGGCAAAACUUUGAUUCAGCUUGAACAGAACAUACCUGGGACAUCAACAAUAAGAAAUAGUACAAUUAAACAAUAGAGGGGAAAAUAUUGUAAAGAUGUAAUAGUAUUCUGAUCACUCCCAUUUUAUUAUUUCUUGUAUUUUCUAAUCUUAAAUUUGCUUUUGUUACCAUGUGUUUUCAUAAAUAAAGUUCUAGUUUCUGUGACACUGAAAA